AAUUUGUAAUCUUUAUUGAAUCAGAAAAUGGACUUAAUAUGGAAUGUCUGAUGGACUUCUUUUGAUAUACCAUUUGUGACUACAGUCAGUAUGUGUAACAAACUAUAUGUCUUUUAUAGUGGAUUUAUUUUAUUCUCAACGAAUUUUGUAAGUGAAAUCAAUGCAGGUGUGACAUCUGUCUCUGAAUCGUUUGAAAAUGUUGACAUUUUUCACAGGCUGCAAAUAUAUUCAGAAAACGCUCCAAAACCAGUUGGACCUUACAGUCAGGCGAUCCAGUUUGGGCGGACGGUGUAUGUCUCUGCUGUGUUGGGAAUGGACAAGGACACCAUGAAGCUGGUUCCUGGAGGAGCAGAGGCAGAAGCUAAGCAAGCCCUGGAGAAUCUAUCUGCUAUACUUGACCAGGCUAAUACUCACUUCUCUAAUGUUGUGAAAACCACAGUGUACUUGCAUGACAUGAAUGAUUUCUUGGCUGUCAAUAAACAGUAUAAAGAAUAUUUUAGACACCCUUAUCCUGCCAGGACCACUCUGGAGGUUUCCAAGCUUCCCUUGGGUGCUAAAGUAGCGAUUGAAGCUAUUGUUGGACUAGGCGAUUCUUGGAGUGUCGCUCAUGCCUCCACCACGGAUGCAACAGGCACAACGGAGAAAUCUUUGGAAGAAAUCCAUAUGUAAAAAUAUAUCAAAAGAAGAACCAAUGAGCAAUUCAGUAUCACUUCAUGCCAUUAAGUGUGUCCUUUGUAUUUAAAUAUUCUUCAGUUUUCUUUUAAACCAUUUCAUCGUUCAUUAUUGAUGCAGAAAUUACAGACAGUAUUUCUU